AUGGCAGCCCCGGUGAAAGCAGCGUUGGCUCUCCUGGUUCUCACCGUGGCAACUGCCUUGUGUGCGGAGGUUGAGGAACGACUGGUAAGUCACCUGUUGUCACCAGAGCGCUACAACAAGCUGAUCAGACCAGCUGUUAACAACAGCCAGCAAGUCACCAUCUACAUCCAGGUGUCUCUGGCCCAGCUGAUCAACGUGAAUGAGAGGGAGCAAAUCAUGACCACCAACUGCUGGCUCAGUCAGGUAUGGAAUGACUACAGAUUAAUGUGGGACCCUGAAGAGUACGAGGGAAUCAAGAAAAUUCGGCUCCCAUCACAACACAUCUGGCUGCCGGACAUCGUUCUCUACAACAAUGCUGAUGGGACAUAUGAAGUCUCUUUCUAUUCCAAUGUCGUGGUCUCCAACAACGGCGAGGUGGCCUGGCUCCCACCAGCUAUCUACAAGUCGGCCUGCAAAAUUGAAGUCCGUGAUUUCCCUUUUGACCAGCAGAACUGCACCCUCAAGUUUCGCUCCUGGACCUAUGACCACACUGAAAUUGAUCUCAUCCUCCUCACUGAUUAUGCCUCACGUGAUGACUUCAAACCCAGCGGUGAGUGGGAUAUUGUUUCACUGCCUGGACGCAAGAAUGAAGACCCAAAUGACAUCAGGUACCUGGAUAUCACCUAUGACUUUAUUAUCAAGAGAAAACCUCUCUUCUACACCAUCAACCUGAUCAUUCCCUGCAUCCUGAUAACCUCACUGGCUAUUCUGGUGUUCUACCUCCCAUCAGACUGUGGUGAGAAGAUGACUCUCUGUAUCUCUGUCCUCUUGGCCCUGACUGUGUUUUUACUCCUUAUCUCAAAGAUUGUGCCCCCCACAUCUUUAGCAGUGCCUCUGAUUGGAAAGUACUUGAUGUUUUCAAUGGUGCUGGUCACCUUCUCCAUUGUUACCAGCGUUUGCGUGCUCAACGUGCACCAUCGGUCCCCCAGUACGCACACCAUGCCCCCUUGGGUCAAGCGUGUCUUCCUGUACCGGCUCCCCUCUUACCUCUUCAUGCGGAGACCCGGUAGCUCAAAUAUCCGCGAGAAGUUCCGCAAAAAACACCAGCAGCGAUCAUACUCUGACCAAAAGCUGCGUGGAGCAGAAGGAGGAGUUCCUUCAGGAAUGGCAGAUUCCUCUUCAUCCUUCUUUGUGAACGAGGAGUCGGCCAAACGCUACGGCUGGAAGUUUAGCGACUUGUCAGAGAACACAGAGUUCAGAAAGAGGAUGACGCUCAAGUGCAACAUUGACACAGAGGAUGCGGUGGAUGGAGUACGCUACAUCGCAGAGAAGAUGAAGAGCGAGGAUGAUGAUGAAGGGAUCAUUGAAGACUGGAAGUACGUGGCCAUGGUGAUCGACCGUCUCUUCCUGUGGAUCUUUGUGUUUGUGUGUGUGGUCGGGACGCUGGGCCUCUUCAUGCAGCCUCUGUUCCAGAGUUACAACACUCCCAUUAUUGAUUAG